ACCUAAUUUUACAAAAUGGUUGAUUUUAAAAAAAGUCCUGAAAUAAAAUAUACUAAGCUAUUUAUCAAUAACGAAUGGUGCAGUUCAAUCAGUGGAAAGACAUUUCCUACAAUCAAUCCAUGUACUGGUAAAGAAAUAUGCCAAGUCCAUGAAGCUGAUAAGGAGGAUAUUGACAGAGCUGUUGAGGCUGCAAAAAAUGCAUUUUCAUUAGAAUCAGAUUGGCGUAUUUUAGAUGCUUCAAAACGUGGAAAGCUUAUACAUAAACUUGCUGAUUUGAUUGAGAGAGAUAAAGAUUAUCUUGCAAGUCUAGAAACUCUUGAUAAUGGUAAGCCAUACUUAGAUUCUCUCGGUGAUAUAGAGUUUUCAGUUAAUGUCAUGAGGUAUUAUGCGGGCUGGUGUGAUAAAAUUUGUGGAAAAACUAUACCUGCAGAUGGUGGUUUGUUAUGUUUCACAAAACACGAACCUGUUGGUGUUGUAGGCCAGAUAAUUCCUUGGAAUUAUCCAAUUGUGAUGGUUUGUUGGAAACUGGGUCCUGCUCUUGCUUGUGGUUGUACUGUAGUUUUGAAACCUGCUGAGCAAACUCCUCUUACAGCUCUCUAUAUUGCUUCUCUUAUUAAAGAGGCUGGAUUUCCUGCAGGUGUUGUAAAUGUUCUACCAGGUUAUGGACCAACAGCCGGUGCUGCUAUUUCUUCACAUAUGAGUAUUGAUAAGGUGGCAUUUACUGGAUCUGCAGAGAUUGGUCAUGUUGUUAUGGAGGCUGCUGCAAAAUCAAAUUUAAAGCGUGUCUUAUUGGAAUUAGGAGGGAAAAGUCCACUGAUAAUAUUUCCUGAUGUUGAUGUAUCCUGGGCUGCUAAGAUUGCUCAUGCUGCAUUGUUUACAAAUCAUGGUCAAAACUGUUGUGCCGGAUCACGUACUUUUGUUCAUCAAGAUAUAUAUGAGGAAUUUGUUAUCAAAGCUACUGAGCUAGCGUUAAAUCGUAAGGUUGGUGAUCCUUGGAAUGAAGAUACUGCUCAAGGUCCUCAGGUAGAUGAAGCUCAGUUUAAGAAAAUUCUUACUCUAAUUGAGUCAGGUAAAGCAGAGGGUGCAUCACUUAAAUGUGGUGGCAGUUCAGUUGGUAAUGAAGGUUAUUUUAUUCAGCCUACUGUAUUUGCAGAUGUCACUGAUAACAUGACUAUUUCAAAAGAAGAGAUAUUUGGACCAGUACAGCAAAUAUUAAAGUUUAGAGAUUUAGAUGAAGUCAUUAGGCGAGCAAAUAACACAUCAUAUGGUUUAGGAUCAGGUGUAUUAACAAAUGAUAUAAAUGUUGCAAUGAAAAUUGUCAAUGGCAUUAAAGCUGGUACUGUAUGGGUUAAUUGCUAUGAUAUUUGUACACCACAAGCUCCAUUUGGAGGUUUCAAGAUGUCUGGACAAGGAAGAGAGCUAGGUGAAUAUGCUUUGAAAGAAUAUACUGAAGUGAAAACGGUGACAAUCCAAAUUAAGUGAAUUUAAUGAAUUCAUCUUGACGCAAAGAAAAGAACUACGCGCCAUGUAUAUUUUGAAGUUUUUUUAAUUGUAUUGUGUCAUAAUGUUUUGUUUUCGUACAACUUUGUAAAACGCUUUUUAUGAAAAUAUUUUUCCAAGUUUGUAAA